CGCGGCUCUCCAGCCUGGGCGGGGCCGUGGGCGGGGCCUGUAGAUGACACUGGACCGAACAGUACGGAGUUCUGCGGCCUAGAGCCGAAACCCGGAGCCCAGAGGGACUGCCGUAGCCAUGAGUGCCGUGGACCUUGGUCGCGUGGGUGCGUGUGUCCUGAAACAUGCGGUGACCGGAGAGGCCGUGGAGCUGCGGACCCUGUGGCAGGAUCAGGCUUGUGUGGUGGCUGGGCUGCGGCGCUUCGGCUGCAUGGUGUGCCGCUGGAUCGCCCGGGAUGUCAGCAAUCUCCGGGACCUCCUGGACCAGCACGGGGUACGCCUAGUAGGCGUGGGGCCGGAGACCGUGGGCCUGCAGGAGUUUCUGGACGGUGGCUACUUCUCGGGAGAGCUCUACCUUGAUGAGAGCAAGCAAUUUUAUAAGGAGCUGGGCUUCAAGCGGUACAACAGUUUGAGCAUCCUGCCAGCUGCCCUGGGGAAACCUGUGCGGGAUUUGGCUGCCAAGGCCAAGGCUGUUGGCAUCCAUGGAAACCUGUCUGGGGAUCUGCUGCAAAGUGGAGGAAUGCUGGUGGUUAGUAAGGGUGGUGAGAAGGUACUGCUGCACUUCGUCCAGAAGUCUCCAGGUGACUAUGUUCCCCAGGAGAACAUCCUUCAGUCCUUGGGCAUCUCUGCAGAAGUCCAUUCUAGUGAGCCACCCCAGUGUGAUGAGGAGGUGUGUGGGAGGUGAUGUCCCUGGCCCUUGAGGACCUGGAAGCAUCUGCUGACUGGGGUGUGCUGGGAGCAGAAAUGGAAGAAAUUCUGUGGAGCCACAGGGCCAGGACUCUGGACCUCGUCUGAUCCUUCAGCAACAAUGAGCCAUUAAAGUAUAGGUGCUGGUCA